AGCGCCUUGUUGUUUCCAAUCCGCCAUAGUUGUCGCCAUCUUCUUAAGUAUUUUUGUUAGCUAGUUAAAGUUUUGCGGACCGAUGGCUGUAGAAAUCACUUAACAAAGCUCGAUUUUAGUCCAAAGGACUCAGUAGAUCAUGGAGACACCAUGACUCAUCCUAAUUUUGUGACAAAUGGCGCCAGCCUUGAAGACUGCCACACUAAUUUCUUCGCAUUGGCUGACCUUUGCGGGAUAAAAUGGCGCCGCUUCUAUGCUGAAAGUGUGUUGUGCAUUGAACCUUUGGACGAUCCGGUGCUAUCUUCCUUUAGCAAGUGCUUGGCUACAGAUAUUUUAUGUGUCUGGAGGAGGGUAGCAUCGCAAGGCCAAGAACAGCAUCGACACAAUUUGCAAGAUGGAAACCAACUUAACUAUAAAAAGGAACUGUGGGUAUUUUGGUAUGGAGAAGAACCAGAUCUUACUGGGUUGGUUAGUUCAGAACUUACUGCUGAUCCUGAGCAUGGAUCAUGGGAAAGUGGGCUGUCAUAUGAAUGCAGAACUCUGCUAUUUAAAGCAUUGCACAACCUUAUUGAAAGGAAUUUGUUAUCAAGAGGUUACUCACGCCUUGGGAAGUGGUUUGUACAGCCCUAUGAUAGUAGUGAAAAGACCAUUAGAAGCCCACAGCUUUCUUUUUCUUUUAACUUCUUUAUUCAUGGUGAGAGUACUGUGUGCGCUAGUGUGGAUGUCAGACAACGAAUUCCAGUGUGUCAACUGACACGUCAUCAUUUAACUCUAGCACAGGAAUGUCAUACAGGGCUUAAAGUUAUCCUUUGUCCAUAUGGAAUGGCAGGCACACUGACGGGUCAGAGCUACAAAGAUACAGAUAUCACUACACAAAGAUUAUUGAGUGAAUGGCACCAUUUUUAUCCUUUAAGGCCUCGGAAUACGAAAGAUGUAUUAACAGAGGAUGACCAUAUCAUGUCAGCUGUGGAAGUCAUUGUUGGUGGUAUUAAAAUGCGAUAUCCUUCAAGUUACGUGCUUGUCACAGAAAUUGAUGAAAAUGCAGCCAUCGGCCAAAAUUCUGGUGUCUCUCAGUUUUCAUCUUUCAGCAACUCAUCUUCCAGCUUUUGUGCUUCCCAGCAAAAGGCUUCCUUACUUGCAGGUGUUCUUACUCCACCUACAUCUCCAUGUGACCCUUCCUUAGCAGCAAAUUGCAAUUUUAGAGGCCAUCCUUUAGGAUUAUCAAAUGAAACUUUUUCUGAUAACAGCACUAGCUCAUACAUGGGAUAUUCCACAGCUUGGAAAAUAAAGGAAGCUGUCUGGCAAGAUAGUGCUUUGCAAGGUCGUAAACAAGUGGUUGAAGGAAGUGAACAAGCUGCAUUUUGGGAUUUUAGUGAUCCAUCGUCAUUAGUCAGGUGUAAUUGCUCAAGGUGUAAAGCAGCAAAUCAGGAAAAAAGCAGCAGUCUGAAAAUACCUACUUCUAGUUCAAAUACUGUAGUAAGUGUGAAUAGUCCGUCAGCAUCAGUUGGUAGCCCAAGUUGUGCGACAACAGCUGGUGGAACAACUGCAAGUGCUGUAAAGAAAGUUGAGAAGCCUGAUAAGUUAAAAAUACAAAAUCGAUUCAGGGGAACAGUACCUUUUCAUAAACGCAAUGCUUUUUCAGAGACUUCUGAAAUGGACAGUUACACUGCCUCAUCUACUUUUCUCAUGGCAUCAAUACCUGGAAAUUCACUGCCUAGUAAUGGUAACUCAAACUUUCAGUUUAAAGGAUUGAAUCAGUCAUUACGCUCUUCUACGCCCAGCGGCCUUCCACAGUUGCACACAUCAGUUGUCCAGCCAUCAUCAUUAGGUUCACCUCAUCCAGGUACCCCAUUACCUGAUGGUACGAACUCUCAGUCAACUGAGCCUGCAAUGCCUACUUUGUCUCCCCAUCCUCCACCAGAAAAGGAAGAAGAGACAUUAGAAUCUCAGGAUACAAGUAUGGGAACACAAAGUCCAUCUGAAAUUCCUGAGCCUAAUAGCAAUAGCAGCAUUAAGGAGAAGACUUCAGCAGAAAUGGUUUCAUCUCCUCAUCAAAACACAAUAUCUAAUCUUGUCGAAAAUAUAAAGUCUGAAGAAUCUCCUGGUCCUCCACCCACUGCCACAAAUAAUAGUACCAACAAUAGCAGCAAUAAUAACAGUAAUAAUAGUAGUUGGGUGCCAGGAACCCAAGAAGACAUAAAACCUCCUGUCGCUCUUAGUUCCGUUCCUUCAACUCCUGCUCCCCCAUCUAUAUCUGUGCAAGGGCUGAAAAGACCUUCUCUUGUGGUAUGCUCACAUGAAGAUCCACAUGAUGAACUAGUUAUGGAUGGUCUGUUAUAUGACUACACAUUUCUAAAUUCAUCUGUAUGGGAAAGUAUGUCUGCCAAACGUCGUAGAUUGUGGCCUUAUACUAGAACUCGUGCAGAUAAUUUAGAUGGAUAUGGUUAUCCGUAUGGAAAAGACAAUCUGAAUCAGAUGCAGAUAGACGAAAAUUUACCUUUGAAGCCAAAGGAUCCAUACGAGUUCAAUGACGAGUUUGAUGAGGAAAGCCCAUCAUCCAGUUUUCGAGCUAGAGUAGAUGUAUGUGUUAAGGAAGAAGAUAUCAAAAAAGAACCAGGACUCCCACCUACUCCAGAAUCACAGAGUCUCACUCCAGGACAGACAGCAUCUGCACCUCUUACCACUCAGGAUACUCCAAAGCCACCUCCUAAUGGUGAACAGCCAAUUUCCUCUCCUCUCACUCCUCACCACCACAGCACUGAUCUUAAGAGUGAAAGAGAUCUCCAAGUCACAGAUCAUGAUUUAGAAAACAUUUUUGAAUCAUCUUCAGAUGAGAGUAUACCUGAUGAACAGUUUCAGACUGCUUCAACCCCAACUGGAAAAUUAUGUGGGACACCUGAAGAUCCAUUUUCUGGAAAAUGCAAAAGCAGUUCUUGCACAACUGGAAUCCUAGGUGUUGCUGAACUUACUCGUAUGUUUCCUACUCCACCAUCAUUAGAGCACAAUACAGCCCCAUCUCCUUCAGGGCCUCUGUGUGGCACUGAUUUAUCAACUUUGGAUAGCUCUGAUUGUUGCCGCGAGCGUAUAGAAGGUUACAUAGAUGGUGGAAGUAGUCCAUAUUAUGAACCUGUCAGAGAUUGGUCUUUUGUCUACAAGUUACCUGUGCAGUACAAGUUUAUUAACUCCAAGAGGUAUGCUUCCUUGACUACUCUGCCGAGUCAACUUCAACCAGUCACUUUAUCUGCAGAUCAUAUUUAUAAACCUUUAUGGACUCAAGCAGUUUCAUCAUCCCCUCUUCCUGCCAACACAUCAUUACCUAACUCUCAAGUAAUUGGACAUGCUGAGAGGCUACCUGCAAAUACAAAUUCUCAGUUUUCAAUGAUGCCAGUAAAUGAUGGUGAAAGAAUGGUGCCGCCCAUGUUUGCUGUGGAAAAUCCCAUUGAUCAACGAACAUUGCCCAUGAACUAUGAACUGCAGAGCCCAGCAUCCAGUGCCUCAUCCUACUUGAACAAACAUUUGAACUCUGUUGACAGUAGUGGCACAACUUCCUCAAUACCUGAGGCACAUAGCCUGCUUGUAAAUCUCGUGAUAGCUGACUCUAUGCUCAAUCUGUUUAAAGAUCACAACUUUGCAAGCUGUACCCUUUGUGUUUGCAACAUGAACACCAAAGGUGCAGAUGCAGGCAUUAAUUUGCCGAGCAGUCUCAUACCUUCAGGAACAGAUGAACCACAGUAUAAAUGUACUUGUGGUUUUAGUGCGGUUGUGAAUCGGCAUCAGAGCCAUCGUGCAGGUAUUUUUUAUGAAGAUGAACUUGACAUUACGGGUCAUCGUUAUGAAACAUUCUUCUGCCGUAAAAGCCUCUCUCUUGUAGAGAGUGUAUCCUCCAAAAAGGCGGACAUUGGCCAGAAUAUAGAGGAUGAAACAAACGCUCAAGUGGACCAUGUGCCACACAGUGUUGUGGACUUAAUAAAAGUGCAGUGCUCACACAUAUACUCUACGUUUUCCAUAUUUCACAAAGCAGAACAGUUUCGCAGUUUUGAUAGAUUUAAUUCACAAUAUAAUGCUCUUGAAAUAUCGGAUGGGUGUGAAAUAUGUUUUCUUGCACUGGACACUGGUCGACAAGCUGUUGACAAUAUGAACAACAAUAAAAUGGAUGAGAAUUUGAAGUCUUCCUGCCUUCAUAAGUGGCCUUAUCUCGCAGCUAAAGUGCCAGUGAGCAAUUUAGAAGUAGUCCAUCUUCUGCGGUCUCUACAACCUGUUCUUCAAGAAGCGGUGCAACAAAGGCGCCAUCAAAGACUUUGGGAAGUCACAUAUCCGGUUCUUGGGCCACUGACAUGGAGGCAGUUUCACAGGCUUGCUGGACGAGGUACUGAAGACCAGUGUGAACCACAACCUAUUCCUUCUCUUCUUGUCGGUUAUGAUAAAGAUUGGUUAGCAUUGUCACCAUUUGCCUUAAAAUACUGGGACAAGUUAUUGUUGGAACCCUACACUAACAGCAGGGAUGUUGCAUAUGUUGUUGUAGCUCCAGACAGUGACUGUGUUUUAACUCAUGUAAAAAAAUAUUUCAAGGAACUCAGUACUAUUUAUGAACUUUGUAGAUUAGGGAGGCAUUGUCCUAUAACUAAAGUGUUACGUGAUGGCAUAAUGAGAGUGGGGAAAUCUACUGCAAAGAAAUUGGCAGAUGAACCUGUAGACGAUUGGUUCAGUCUCAUUGGUGAUGGACCCAUAGCAAGUCGGUUAAAAUUGUAUGCCCAGGCAUGCCGAUAUCAUUUAGCUCCACAUUUAGCAACACAACCUUUGGAUAGCAGCCUGUUAGAAUCUCCUCCAGUUUUAAAACCUCCAGACAAACCUUUAUCAGUUGCAUCCCCCAGAACAUCAGGAACAGAAAGUCAAGAUAAGGAUCAGUCAUCUUUCAAAUCUACAGAAACAG